GAGGCCGGCAGGGGGCGGGGCUGCGUUUCCCGCCAGGCCCCGCGGCGCGCAGGAUGGCGGCGGCGGCGGCGGCGGGGCCGUCGCGCGGGGGGCCCGGAGCCGCGGGGGCGGGGCCGGGCGCGGCGGGGGCGGGGCCGUGGGCGGGGCCGUCGCGGCUGCCCCCCCCCGCGGCGGCGCUGGCGCUGGCGCUGCUGGCGCUCGGCGCCGCCUUCGCCGCCCUCGGCCGCCACGUGGCGGCGCGCCGGGACCUGCCCGACCCCGAGGCCGCCCAGGCGUGGCACGCCCUGUUCUCGGCCCUGGCCCGCUUCCCCUUCUGCGGGGCCAACGGCUCCGCCGCCCCGCCCCCCGGCCCCGCCCUGGCCGUGUGGGCGGGGCUGACCUUCGACCUCCCGCCGGGGCCCCGCCCCAACGGCACCCGCCUCCGCCUGGCCCUGCCCGGCCCCCGCCUGGGGCUGGGGGGCCCCCCCGCCACGGGGCUGCUGCAGGCCGUCGCCCACGUCGGGGGCCCCGGCCCCACCUGCCUGGGCCUCACCGGCCCCCCCGAGCUGCUGCCCCACACGAGCACCCCCCCACGCUGCACCCCGGACCCCCGGGCCGAGGACGCCGCCGGCGCUUGCUACCAGCCCCGCUACCGCCCGGAGCCGGCGCUGGACCCCCCCCUGAGCCCGGAGGAGCGGGGCCUGGCCGCCCAUCGCCUGCUGCUCGCCGGAGCCGUUCUGCUGGGCCUCGGCGCCCUGGUCGGCGUCGCCGCCCUCCGGCCCCCCGCCCGCCGCCGCCUCUAGGGGCCCCGGUGUCCGGGCGGGGGCCGGAGGGGCCCAGGCGUCUGGGUGAUCCCCGAGGAGCCCCAGUGUCCAGGUGAUCCCCUGAGGGGCCCAGGCGUCCGGGUGGCCUUAAGAAAAGCCCAGGCAUCUGGGUGAUCCCCUGAGGGACCCAGGCGUCCGGGUGAUCUCCCGAGGGGCCCAGACGUCCGGGUGAUGCCAAGAGGAGCCCAAGCGUCAUGGAGGCCCCACAACCAGCCCAAGGAGCCCAGGCGUCCGGGAGGUCCCCUGAGGGGCCCAGGCGUCCGGGCGGCCCCUGACGGACCCCGGCGUCCCUCAGCUCCCCCCCCCCCCAAUAAACGCCUCUGUGGGGCUGGUGCGGUUCUGA